AUGACUUUGUCCUCACUCCAGCAGUACCCAGAAGGUGUCUUCUAUGACCUGGACAGUUGCAAGCCCUUCAGUUACCCAGAUUCAGAUGGGGGCCCUGACUCCACAUGGGGUUGGACGGAGGCCCCGCCUGCCCCCACCAUCACACCCUAUGAAGUCUUCGACCCCACUACGGCUGCCUUUGCCCACUCCCAGGCUGUACAGCUCUGUUAUGGUCAUGGUCUCAGCCCCUCUGCCUACAGCCCUGUGGGGACCCUCGACCCAGCCCCUAGCUUGGAGGCUCCAGGGCCUGGCCUCCAGGUGUACCCCUCCGAGGACUUCGUCAGCCAGACCCUGGGCCCCCUGGCUAAUGCUCCGUACCCCAGCCCUGUGCUGUCAGAGGAGGAAGACAUUCUGCUGGACAGCCCUGCCCUGGAGGUCUCGGACAGUGAGUCAGACGAGGCCCUCUUGGCUGGCUCCGAGGGGAGGGGAUCCGAGGCAGGUGCACGCAAGAAGCUGCGCCUGUACCAGUUCCUGCUGGGGCUGCUGCUGCGCGGGGACAUGCGCGAGUGCGUGUGGUGGGUGGAGCCGGGUGCCGGCGUCUUCCAGUUCUCCUCCAAGCACAAGGAGCUGCUGGCUCGCCGCUGGGGCCAGCAGAAGGGCAACCGCAAGCGUAUGACGUACCAGAAGCUGGCGCGUGCGCUGCGAAACUACGCCAAGACGGGCGAAAUCCGCAAGGUCAAACGCAAGCUCACCUACCAGUUUGACAGCGCGCUGCUGCCCGCCCCCCGGCGCGCCUGAGCCCCUCUCGGACCCCUUUCUGGCCCCCAGGCCCCAGCACGCAUUGAGCCCCGUAUGCGGGCAGUAGGCUGCCAGGGUCCUCAGCUCUCACCAGGGCCUCCUCAGCGUCCCCCGUGCCAUGUAUGGGAUUCCCCAGGAUGGUCGUGUUUGAGGGGGAUGUCUCAUGACCCACUGGUCCUUCUAUAUGCUCCUAGAAAGGCAGGUUUCUCUGUGGGGGCCCCUGGUGGUGGUUGCGGUUCUGUUCCCGGAAGGAAUCCACAUUGGUAUUUCUUGCCAGCCCUGU